AUGACAUUUUCAGACUUUCCAAUCCCUGAGGAAAGGCCAACUUAUUUACCUAAUAUCCUUGUCGCGAAAUACUUUAACAUGUAUGCUGACAAAUUUAAACUUUGGCCAUACAUCAUAUUUCGCACGACUGUUAUUCAUGUAUCGUACCUUCCUGAUCAUCGUUGGAAAGUUAAGUAUAUUACUAAUAUAGAUAAAGCUCAAAAUGAGGAGGAUCACAGUAGCGAAUAUGAGGAAAUAUUUGACUAUGUCAUGGUUUGCAAUGGACACCAUAGAAAAUACAAAUCUGCAUGUUUCGAAGAUAAGCGUGUUGUUGUUGUCGGAGUUGGCAACGGUGGAAUUGAUAUCGCCGUUGAAUUAUCCCAUGUCACAUCUCAAGUAUAUUUAUGCAUUCGUAGAGGAACACUUCCAUGGAUUUUACCACGCUUGGUCGGUGGUACUCCAAUUGAUCAAUUGGGAAGUCGCUUUUCUACCUAUUUUUUUCCAAAUUUCACUUCUGCUUUAAUAAAACUUAUAGUCAAGAUUGUAAAUCCACAUCCAACAUCUUUUCAGCAACCUGAGUCAUUCAAUUCUUCACAUCCAACCAUAAAAUCAGAUUUUUUUGAACGUCUUAAGACUGGUACUAUUAUAUUAACAAAAAACAUUUUAGAAUUAAUGCCUGAUGAAUCCAAGUUAAUUAAAUUUGUCGACGGUUCUAUUGUAGAAAAUAUUGAUGCAAUAAUUUAUUCGACUAGAUUUAAUAUAGAUUUUCCAUUUUUAGAUAGAGAAAUUGUUAAUGGUGGACCAGAAAUUGAACAAGAAUUUGAAGAAGAAUAUAAAGAAAACUUGACAUGGAUGUAUAAGAUGAUGUUCCUACCAAAAUACCGUAAUAUUGUAUUUAUUGGUUUAAUUCAGCCAAUUGGUGCCCUUUUUCCUAUUUC